UUGAAAGCUCUAUCUCUAUCUUUCUUUCUCUCGUGGAAGCCUUUCUUCCUUUUAUUUUUUUUUUUUUUCAUUUUGCUAAAUCAAGCACAUCUUCUUCUACCUUUCCAUCUUUGCAGAAGGGUUGCUACCAUUUAUGGUUUCAUUUGCCAUUUGGAGGAACCUUAUGCUAUGAAAACAAAUAAAACCAUUAUCGUAUAUAUAUAUAUGAAAAGGUUCUCUUGAAACUUUAACACCACAACUUUGAUCUAACAAAUCGUUCAAAACACGUGUUGGCCAAAACAUCACCUUCUCUCUAUGCUUCCUCUCCCAUGCAAGAGCUUUUAGAUGCUUCUUUGAGUUCAGGAUUUGGAGAAAGCUUAACCUGGCUAUGAUAUGAUCAUGAGCAGCACCACCCUUUAAUGUUUCGGUGGUUCUUUUUCAGACACCCCCAGAUUCUCAAUUGACAACCUUGGUUUUGAUUCUCCCCUGUUUUUCCUUUGUGUGCUGCUUCAAGUUCUAUUUUGUCUUUUCCUAGAACCCAUGUCUUCUGUGUCAGCACGAACAGGGCGACAAAGACAGCGUUAUGAAGACAAUUUUCGCCUUGUCUCUGGAUGUAUUCCCUAUAGAUGGAGAAAGGACAACCCAGAUCAAAUGGGAGAAACUGAGGAGAUACUAGAAGUACUUAUGGUUUCUUCACCAAAACGUGAUGACCUUGUAUUCCCAAAGGGUGGAUGGGAGGAUGAUGAGACUGUUACAGAAGCUGCAUGCCGUGAAGCUUUAGAGGAAGCAGGAGUUAAAGGAAUACUAAGAGAAAUUCCAUUAGGAAUAUGGGAGUUCAGAAGCAAAAGCAGCCAGGACUUAUGUAGCAUGGAAGGAGGAUGCAGAGGAUACAUGUUUGCCUUGGAGGUGACUGAAGAACUUGAGACAUGGCCAGAGCAGAAAAACCGUGCUCGCCAAUGGUUAAACAUAAAAGAGGCAUUCAGACUCAGCCGAUAUGACUGGAUGUGUAAUGCACUUGAGGCGUUUUUGAGAGUCAUGGCAGAGGAUAAAAGGCUUGAGAAGCAAGACCAAGAUGUUGAACCCUCUUCAAUUGUAGUAGAAGAUGUGUCAGAAUGCCAAAGUAUGUCACCUAACUGCUAUAAAAGAUCCUCUACCAUGCAGCACCAUGGUAUGCCUCCUAAUACCAAUCUUCUGUCACGGGCUACUCAAGAGAUAGCCAUCCACUUUGGUUAUUGACAUAACCAGGACACUUUUGUAAAAUGCUUAUGUAACGGACCAACAUUGUGCAGUAACUCCUUCAAAUUGUUGAAGAACAAACUGAAGUUAUGGCUUGGAUGCACAUGCCAUAGACUUCAUUGUUGUAGGCUUUUUUGUUUUUCUUUCUUAUGUGAUUAUGAUGUACGAUGUGGUGGUGAAAGUCUCAAGUGUAUAUGGACUUAACAGUUUGCUUCACCCCACUGAAAAUGAAGGCUUGUAAAAUAGUAUCAUUUGUGAAAACCGGUAGUGUCACAAAGGGCAAAGACUAUGCUGCUUUUGACGACCUUCAAUUCAUAACCUUCUAACGUGUCA